GCCAACGUCUCUCAGUCUCCUGCAGAUUACGACAUGGACAUCGUCGGUGCUGCUGAGCCCUCGAAGGACGAUAACUUUACCAAGUGCACUGCUUUCCAGGAGAAGAUCAACAUCCACGAGCGCAUGCUCAAGGACCUCAGCUCUUUCGGCCAGGAGGAAGGCGAGAUGGCCAAGCUCGCCAAGGCGGAGUUGGAGAAGCUCCGCGAGCAGGUCAAGCAGCUCAAGUCGCCUGGGACAGCUCACAAGCAGGCGCUGCAGAAGCUGGAGCGCGUGCGCGGCCAGAUCACCAAGGGCAAGAAGGAUAUUGAGGAUAUGGAGAAAAAGCUCUUGCAGAUGCAGAGCGACAUCAACGCCAAGAAGGCUGCGGUUGAGGCCAAGGAGGCUGAGACUGUGGCGCUCGAGCAGCAGUUGGCCCAGCAUGCGUCGGAGUUGCCUGGUGCCAAGGAAGUCUUCGCGCCCCAGCUGCCCGAGGACCUAUUCGCUUUCGACGCUGAGGACGCCGAGUUCCAGGGUGAGGAUGCCGAUGCAGUUGCCAUGCGCGGGUUCGUUGACCAGCUCGUGGCAAACCCUCACUGGGCGAAGGUGCAGUCCAUGCUGCGGAAGAAAGCGCGGACCAAGUUCGAGCAAGCUGAUGCUGUUUCUUCUGCUGAUGGUGUCUUUCCUGACGGCGGCGGCAACGCCAGCGGGAGCCGCCAAGGCGCAAUUGGUGGACUCUGUAGCGCAGACCCCCCUGACCGAAGCAAGCGGCCCACAGAUUUCCUGUUCGAAAAAACGGAGAUUGAGUCGCUAUGGGCCAACAUGCACAAUGCCGAGUCUGGCGAGAUCUCCGCUACCAAAGACCGGCUCAUGGAGAUGGUGCAGAAC